GCGGCAUGUGCGAUGUGCAUGGUAUACAUUGGAGGAUCUACAGCAUUGUGACCCUGUUCGUGCGGUUCCCGGAUUCUGUUUUUUGUGUGCAGAUUUUCUAUAUUUAAAACGGUCAUUCGAAUUAAAGAGCUCGAGCAAUCGGGCUUCCUAACUUUGUCAGUCUCAGUGACUUAAUCUUCUCCAUCAUCUGCGACUCGGUUCGACAUCAGAUACAGAAGAUUUCCGCAACGGUACGGUACGGUACGGCAAAAGCUGUGGCUGUAUCUUCCGUCCGGGUGGUUUAGCCUACAUGUACGGUACUGUACUGGUACCGUACUGUACAUCGUCUUCUAAUUUUCUAUAUCUUGAUCUUCUAUGCCAGGUUGAGGUUCAUAGAUUUAAAUCAGAGGACAGGGAAAAGGUGGUAGCUUUGCAGAUCGAUCUGUUAUAAUAUAUUAAAGGUGGAUGUCAAAUGUUGGUGGAUACUGUGCAGUGAGCAACAAUUAGCCUGUUUUUUCUUCAAACCAACCAGUAUUGUAUUUGUUUUACAAUGUGGCGUGUAAAGCCACUCGCCGUUGGUUCUCUACCUUCACUAUUGUCUCAAGUGGGACUAUGUCGUCACGCAAGUGCAGCAGUAGCAGCAGGGAAAGGGAAGCAGCGAAUAAUGGCUAUCAGAAGAGAGGAUUAUGGAUCACAAUGGGAAAGAAGAGCACCUCUCAAUCCAUUACAUGUCAAAUCAUUGGUUGAUCAAGGUGUCAAAGUACUUGUGCAACCGUCUAACAGACGUGCAUACCCAUUACAGGAUUAUGAGAGAAGUGGUGCAAUCAUCCAAGAAGAUAUAAAUGAAGCAUCUCUUAUCAUGGGUGUUAAGCAGGUUCCAAUCCCUCGUCUAAUUCCAAGCAAGACUUAUUGCUUCUUCUCACAUACCAUCAAAGCACAGACAGAAAACAUGCCUAUGUUAGAUCAGCUGCUCGAAAAGAAUAUACGGCUUGUGGAUUAUGAAAAGAUUGUAGAUGAAAACGGCAAACGAAUGGUGGCUUUUGGAAAGUUUGCUGGUAUUGCAGGGAUGAUCAACAUUCUACAUGGAAUAGGACUCAGACUUCUAGCUUUAGGCCACCACACACCAUUCAUCCAUAUAGCAGCUGCACAUAAUUACAGGAAUAGUAGCAUGGCAAGACAAGCAAUCAGAGAUGCAGGAUAUGAGAUCUCAUUAGGUUUGAUGCCAAAGUCAGUUGGUCCUCUUACAUUUGUCUUCAUGGGAUCAGGAAAUGUAUCACAAGGAGCAAAGGAGAUGAUUGAUGAGCUACCUGUUGAAUAUGUUGAGCCACAGGACCUGAAAGAAGUUGCACAACAUGGAGAUACAAGGAAGAUCUAUGCAACUGUAGUGAACAGAAAACAUCAUUUAGUGAGGAAGGAUGGAGGAGAGUUUGAAGCAGCUGAAUAUGACGCAUAUCCAGACAGAUAUAAAUCAGUCUUCAAUGAAGAGAUUGGUCCAUGGGCAUCAUGUAUCAUUAAUGGUAUCUUCUGGGAUGUAAAGCAUCCUCGUUUCUUGACCAACAUGGACACCCAGACCCUCUUAGGUCCAGUGGCUGUUCCACCAACGUCCAAUGAGCCAGGUUGUCCUACUCUCCCUCAUCGUCUUCUAGCUAUCUGUGACAUCACAGCAGAUCCAGGUGGUUCUAUUGAGUUUAUGACAGAGUGUACCACCAUUGAGUCACCAUUUUGCCUGUAUGAUGCUGAUCAUCGCCACCAACACUUCAAAUCCUUACGGUUCUCUGGUGAUGGAGUCUUGGUGUGUUCUAUCGAUAACAUGCCAGCUCAGUUGCCUCGUGAAGCAACAGACUUCUUUGGUGGUCUCUUGUUUCCUCUUGUUCCUGAACUGUUGACAUCAGAUGCCACCAAACCUGUCGAAGAAGAAAAUUUCUCCAGGGUUAUAAAUGAUGCAAUCAUAUGCUCUAAUGGCAGAUUAACAGAAGGUUAUCAAUACAUACAAGAUCUACGGGACAAGAGGGAUCCGAAGAUGCCAGUGGAUAUGGCUACAGCAGAGAACAAGGUUCUUAUAUUAGGUUCGGGUAUGAUGGUACCUCCAGUAAUUGACUACCUAACCAGAGAUAAGAGUCUAGCUUGUACUGUAGCAUCUGACAAAAAGGAAGUUGCUGAAGGUGUUGCCAGUCGGUAUCCCAACACUGGAGCCAUUUAUCUCAAUGUUGACAUGCAUCCAGAUCUACUUAGCAAAUGCAUCAAAGAGCAUGACAUGGUUAUAAGCAUGUUACCUCUACAUCUUCACACAAGGGUAGCUAAGAAGUGUAUAGAGCAUAAACGUCACUUGGCUACAACUAGCUACACAUCACCAACACUCAGAGCAUUACAACAGAGUGCCGUGGAUGCAGGUAUAACCAUUUUGACAGAAGUUGGUUUGGAUCCUGGAAUUGAUCACAUGCUAGCUAUGGAAAGCUUUGAGAACGUCAAGCAACAAGGGGGAAAGGUGAAAUUGUUUGAGUCAUGGUGUGGUGGUCUACCAGCUCCAGAGUUUUCAGCUAAUCCUCUCAAGUACAAGUUCAGUUGGAGUCCUGCUACUGCUCUGUUGGCGAUGACCAGAGAUGCCAAAUACUUGAAGGAUCAGCAAGAGAUCUACCUUCCUCCUGGAAUGCAUAUGGAUGCUGCUAAUGUCAACAGCUUUAACUUCUUACCAGGUUUCAACCUUGAAGGUUACUGCAAUCGUGAUGCAAUGCAAUAUGUCUUCCUCUACGGAAUUCCUACAGCAGAUAAUAUCAUCAGGGGCACCCUUAGAUACAAGGGCUUUUGUAAAAUUGUUACUGGCUUGAGAAUGCUUGGUAUAGCAGAUGAGAACCCACAUCCUGCUCUAGAUGAAGAUGCCCCUGAAAUCACAUGGAGAGAGCUGUUAUGUGUAACCAUGGGAGCUAGUAUGGGAAAAGAGUUCACAGAGGAGGAAGCUAACAAUAUGGCAUAUGAAGCAGUAGGAAAGGAUGAACAAAGACUGCAAGCAAUCAGAGAUUUGGGACUUCUAUCAGAUACUGUUGUAACAAAACAAGGUUCUCCUCUGAUGACCCUAUCUCAUCAUUUGGCUCAGAAGCUUUCAUACGGUGAAGGAGAACGUGAUCUUGUGAUCAUGCGUAAUGUUAUUGGUGUGGAUUGGUCAGAUGGUAGUCGAACCCAUGAGGAAGUAGGAUUAACUGUCUAUGGAGAUCCCUAUGGUCUAUCAGCUAUGGCUAUGACUGUAGGAUACCCAGUGGCCAUUGCAACUAAGAUGGUCCUAGAAGGUGAGAUUCAACAGAAGGGUGUAGUUCUACCAUUAUCGAAGGAUAUUUACAAACCAAUCUUAAACCGUCUACAGGCUGAAGGCAUCCGUGCAUCUUCUCGUUCUAUCAAAAUUUAAAUUCUUUCCCAAAGCCUCAAUCACAGCGAUGAAUAUAUAUGUAUUAUGUACAUAUUUUAUCUGUGAGAAAUAGAAAUCUUAAGUCUUGUCUCUGUGAUGUCUGUGACAUCUCCAAGUGCACAAAUUAUAUUGACAUGGCUCCACACUGCUGAAAUAGAAAGAAGAAAAUAUCUAGCAGAGAUAAUCAGACCAAGGACCAACAAAGAUAAAAGGGUUCAACUCUUAAGAUUUCUUACAGAUGGACAGUUGAUUAUGAUGACAAUGAUCCAUGUUUUUAUUUCAUUUUAUUGUGAGGGAGUCUAUUUUCGUGACCAUUUCCCCUCAGGGUUGCUUAGAGCUCCUUUGUGUGUAUGCUUCAAGCAUUGUGUUUAUGGGACUCAUGAAAUGUUACCAUAGACAUUUCUGAUUUAGUGAGUGUGAUAUAAUAUAACUUUCAUGUUAUUAUGCAGCAUUCAGAAACAAAUCUAUGUAAACUUUGCAUAUUUUUAUCAUUAUCAUCAUGAAAUCUCCAUGAUGAAGUGAGCUUAUAGCUGCAUUUUAUACAAUACAGAUCUCUGUGUUAAAGGGAUGGUCCAGGCUGAAAAUAUUUGUAUCUAAAUAGAGUAAAAUUCACCAAAAAAAAU